AUGUCGUCUGCAGCAGUCGACUCGGCUAUCAAGAAGAGCGCCAACGACUUGGCCAAGGAGCUUGAGGUUGAACGUGUAUUGAAAGCUUUCAAAUUGAAUCCGUACGACAUCCUUGAUCUGCCCUUGUCUGCCACAGAGUCCGAUGCUUUCGAUUUCCUGAAAAAGGCUCAUGACCACCUGAUCGACCUCGACAAGCGAAAGGAUAUCGACAUGAUUAUGACCCACGCGCGUACACAGGUUCUCAAGACUAUCCUCGGCAGCGGUUUUUCGACAAACGUCGCCGACGACGAUCCUCGCCUCGCCAACCUCUCGCCACCGUUCGAGCAGCAGGUUAGAGCGCAGGGAAGAGAGAUUUUGGUGGAGGAUGAACUCGCACGAAGACGGAAGACGAAAUUGGCUUAUGCCAACGAAGGAGCUGAGAAGGCCAAGGCCGAAGCAGAGAUUGCGUCAAGAAAGCGAAAGCUUGAAGAUCAAUCUAAAUGGGAAGGUGAGUAA